AUGGAAGCCGACUCCGUGCACUCCACGAUAGAAAAACGAAUUCGAAAUAAAGACAUUAAUAUACCAGCAGAUUAUGUGACACACUGUGAAAAUGCUAGGCUGAAGCCAUUUCCUUACAAGGUGUUUUAUUUAGAUCAUUCUUUCUUUAAAGAUUUUCCAGAAAUAAAACAUUAUACUUCUAUUAGACCUGGCCGCAAAGUGGGAGAUCCUACAGUCACGAACUUAAAACAACUGAAAUAUGAAGAAGGGGUAAUAAGAUAUAAAUUAAGGCAUACUGAUAAUACUUGGCAGAGGAAUACAGUCAAAGAAUAA